GUACCACCACUUCCCAGGAAGAUUUAGGGCGCCUGGCGUUUCCACGACAACUAUAAUGGGCUGCAAUUUGUGCAGUUUACAGAAGCGAGAGGAACACUACAGGCUGCUGUAUGAGAUUGCACAGGUGAACGGGAAGGAAUUGUCCAAGUCCAGCCAUGAGGAGACUGUGGAGGCGUUUCGAGCUGCCAAAGACCCCGUCGUGGUGCAGGUCAUCAGACGUACUCCCAGCGGUCGCCCUCACGGUCUCCCUCAGGAAAUCCAUGUGGUGGAUGUAUGCACUCAGACCGACAUCACCUUUGAACACAUUAUGGCGCUGGCUAAGCUCCGGCCAUCAACCCCUCCUGUGCCUGACGUCUGUCCCUUUCUACUCUCUGAUAGCUGUCACUCUCUUCACACGAUGGAGCAGGAUUACUAUGAUGGAACCGAUUACCUCUCCCCUGUUCCUGCUGAUGGAGAGAGGAUGGAAGAGUUCGAGUAUGAGGAAAUUGAGCUCUGUCGACUCAGCAGUCAAGAAAAAUUAGGGCUCACUUUGUGCUAUCGAACAGACGAGGAAGAGGACGUGGCCAUCUAUGUCAGUGAAGUCUGUCCAAACAGUAUUGCUGCCAGAGAUGGACGCAUCCGAGAGGGGGAUCGUAUUUUACAGAUUAAUGGCCAAGAUGUACAAGACAGAGAAGAAGCGAUGGCUGCACUGUCCAGUGAUGACUGCAGGAAAAUCAUACUACUGGUUGCGAGACCUGAGAUGCAGCUGGAGGAGGCCUGGCUGGACGAUGAACACAGUGAGUUCCUGGAGCAGCUGAAGAUGGAAAUGUUGGAGGAGCAGCAGAGAGAGGAGAUGGAGUUAGCUGUCUUACAAGAGGAGCAGGAGAAGCAGCAGAGAGAAGACGACGACAGGCCCACCUGUUCAACUCUUCCUUACUAUAAGGACAGCGUGCGAAGUCUAAAAGACAGAAUGGACAGCUCAGACCAUAAUGUCUUGGCCAAAAUCCAAAGACGUCUUUCUCGAUGCCUGAGAGACAGUCAGGACACACGCUGUAGCACUAGUAGCACUCGGCUGGAGGACAGAGAGGAUGAGGACAUUGAUGAGACCGAGGGUGAUCGUUUCCAGCAGCUCUUGGAGCUGAAGUGUCAGAUACGUAACAGCGGUGAGUAUGACCUGUUCUACAGCCGCCGCAGCACCAUCGAGUGUAACAUGGCAGAGCAGAACGACGUACAGCAUGAACUACAGAUGCUCAACGAGGAGCUGCGCAGCAUUGAGCUCGAGUGUCAAAACAUCAUGCAGGCCCACAAGCUUCGGAAGGGUCAGCAGUCUCCUUUAACUGAACGUUCUGCUCCCUCUGUCAAAAAUCAAAGCCCCAAUCGUGGAGAGUCCACCAAAGGUAAGCUGGUAGAUAUAAAUGGGAGGCUGGAGAAGUCUGACAAGGACAGUUCCAGUGCUUACAACACUGCAGAGAGUUCACGAAGCACCCCUUUGGCAAUGGACCGCUCCCCAGAACACUCACUGCAGAGAGUGGUGAGCCUCACCAACCAGAGGAACCUCUGCAGUGGUCUUGCUGCUGGUCACUCACUGAGCCCAAGCCCCAUCCCAGCCUGCCGUGCCCCAGUCCCAGGCAAAGGCAGCAGCCCUGACCACAGCAAUGCCUCUGAAACCGAUGAAACUCCUCAGGCCGAGAAGGACAGCGAGGGUAAAUUAAAGCAAUGCACUUCUCGUAUCCCCUACUUCUCUCCUUCCCACAAUUCCCAGCAGAGGCAGGCCAACAUUCCAGCUCACGCCCGCCACUAUCAGAGCUACAUGCAGCUGAUCCAGCAGCACUCAGCUGUGGAGUACGCUCAGAGCCAGCUCAGCCUGCUUAGUGUCUGCAAAGAGCCUCAGAGACCUAGUAACGAGCCCAAGAUGGAGUGGAAGGUCAAGAUCCGCAGCGACGGCACCCGCUACAUCACCAAGAGGCCCGUGAGAGACAAGAUCCUGAGGGAGCGAGCCUUAAAGAUUAAAGAGGAGCGAAGUGGGGGAAUGACCACGGAUGAUGAUGCAAUGAGUGAAAUGAAGAUGGGGAGGUACUGGAGCAAAGAGGAGAGGAAACAGCACCUGGUCAGGGCAAAAGAACAGAAGAGGAGACGAGAGUUCAUGCAGCGCAGUCGGCUGGAAAGUUUGAAGGAGAACCCUCAGAGCAGCAGCGAGGGCCGUAAGGAAGUCAGCAUCAUCGAGCUCAGCCACAAGAAGAUGUUAAAGAAGCGCAAUAAGAAAAUUCUGGAUAAUUGGAUGACGAUUCAGGAGCUGAUGACUCACGGUACUAAAGCCCCCGAGGGGGCAAAGGUGCACAACGCCUUUCUUUCUGUCACGACUGUAUAA